AUGGCUCCGCAUCACGUUCAUGAGCCAGUCAUCAUCGUCGGGGGCGGCCUCGCUGGGCUUGUUGCCGCAUUUGAACUGAGCCGCAACGAUAUACCUGUUGUCAUCCUUGAUCAGGAGAACGAGGGCAAUCUCGGUGGCCAGGCCUUUUGGUCCCUCGGCGGCAUCUUCUGCGUCGACUCAGCGGAUCAGCGGAGGAUGGGCAUCAAGGACUCGCGCGAACUGGCAAUGAGAGACUGGUUCAACUCGGCCCGCUUCGAUCGCGACAAGGACGAUUACUGGCCCCGUCAGUGGGCGGAGGCCUUUGUCCACUUUGCCACCGACCACAUGGAGAACUACCUGAAGGCCAGGGGCCUGGGCUUCCUUCCAAACGUUGGAUGGGCUGAGAGGGGCGAUGGGACGGCCGGUGGCCAUGGCAACUCUGUCCCCCGCUUCCACCUCACCUGGGGAACUGGGCCCGAGGUCGUAAGGGUCUUUGCUGAGCCUGUCAAAGCCAAGGCAAAGGAAGGCGUUGUCGAAUUUAGAUUCCGCCACAUGGUUGACGAGCUCAUCAUCGAUCAUAUGACCGGCAGGGCGGUCGGCGUAAAGGGCAGCGUCUUGGAACCUGAUGAUUCUCCCAGGGGGGUCAAGACAAACAGGAACAGGUCAGGCUCAUUCGAGCUUCAUGGCUCUGCCGUGAUCCUCUCCUCCGGCGGCAUCGGAGGCAACGUCGAGGCAGUCAAGGCCUCGUGGCCAAAGGACCGACUCGGUCCAAAAGUCCCCGAGCACUUUGUCGUUGGAGUCCCAGCUCAUGUUGACGGUCGCAUCAUUUCCAUCGCUGAGACCGCUGGAGCCCAUGUAGUCAAUAGGGAUAGAAUGUGGCAUUAUACCGAGGGGCUCGCCAACUGGGAUCCCAUAUGGCCAAACCACGGCAUCCGCGUGCUGCCUGCGCCAUCGUCUCUAUGGCUUGAUGCCACCGGCAAACGGCUUCCUCCCUUCCUCUUCCCAGGAACCGACACGCUGGCUACGCUCAAAUACAUUUGCAGCACCGGAUACGACUAUACCUGGUUCAUCCUUACACAGUCUAUUAUCGCCAGAGAAUUUGCUUUAUCGGGCUCAGAGCAAAACCCUGACAUCACUGGCAAGUCUUGGUGGAAGCUUCUGACUCGAGUUUUUGGCAAGAAGGGCACAGUCCCCGUUCAGAACUUUCAAAAACACGGAGUUGAUUUCGUCGUGAAGGACAACCUGGAAGACCUCGUCGACAGCAUGAAUAAGCUUGCCGGGGAACGGGAUGGCCCCCAACUAGAAUACAGCAAGAUCAAGGACGUCGUCGAAACUCGCGACAGCCAAUUUCACAACGCCUACUCGAAAGAUGCACAGGCGAUGCUCAUCCACAACGCACGCAAUUAUUGGCCCGACAGCAAAAGCCGUGUGGCGCCGCCGCAUCGGUUGCUGGAUCCCAAGCAUGGGCCCCUCAUUGCCGUACGCAUGAACCUUUUGACAAGAAAGACCCUCGGAGGCCUGGAAACGAAUCUUGCAAGCAACGUUAUGAAGCCGAACGGCCAGCCCUUUCCCGGAUUAUAUGCUGCUGGCGAGGCGGCUGGGUUCGGCGGUGGUGGGGUCCACGGUUACAAUUCUCUCGAAGGCACAUUCUUGGGCGGCUGCAUUUUCUCCGGCCGAGCUGCAGGCAUCUCCAUCGCCAAGGAGCUUAAGGGACAAGUUGUGAACGCAAAGCUGUAA